AUGCCGAUCCUCAUGUCCCCCCUCCAAGCCGAAGCAGCAGCCUUGCUAUGGGCAGUUGAGAUUACCAACCAGGAAAAAUGGACCCAUGUGAUUUUUGAGGGUGAUGCUAAAGCAUGUUUUGACUGCUUAUCAACUGAAGACACCAUACCAGACUGGUUGAUUAGCACCUAUAUCAGCAAUAUCCGUAGUCUUUCUUUUAGUUUUAUCUCUGUUAAGUUUAGUUGGGUUAGGAGAUUAGGCAACGCAGCAGCACAUGAAGCUGCCAAAUUUGCUCUAACCUCAUGUCAGUCCUUUUUCAAUAAUGGUAAUCUCCCUGCUGUUUUAGAGUCUGUUUGUAGGGCAGAUUACCUUCCUUGUUCUCCUUAUCUGGUUUAA